GGGGUGCCCCGAAGACGGCCCUUCAGCUCUCUCCUGGACGAGUUCGAUCCGGCGCUCACUCCCCGAGCUCCCGCGGAAGAGAGCGGCCUUGUUCGACUGGGCGUGCACCGCAUCUGGUACCCAGGAGGCCAGGUGCCCAUCGAGGUCAAGCUCAAGCCGAGGGAUGACUCGCGGUCAUACGUGGUGGUUAUCGCGAAGACGGUACCGGACUUGAAGAACCUGACGAAGGAAGGCGCGGGGGACGCACGUGCUGGAGGCCGACAGGAGACCGGGGGUGGUGCCCACGGUGCCGUAGCGGUACCGCGAACCCAAUCCAUGUACACCUACCGCGUGCCGGCACCGUACCUGCCCAAAGAGCCGCGGCACCUCUUUGUCACGGUGCUCAUGCUGUCGCCAGGACCUGGAGUCGAUCUACGUCUCUAUCGGCGCUAUAAGCUGAUCGCCAUCAUCGGGGACUGCCGCUUCCUGGACGAAGAGGAGUACGACAAGUCGCCCAACUGCAAGAGUGCCAUGGUGGUGGGCCGCACCGAGGUGUUGUGCGUGUGCAAGGUGGAUGUGAGCACGACCCAGCAGCGUCCCGUGUCGAUCGUGCCGUUGGUCACCACACCGACCACACCCAAGGUUCAGCUGCGCGAGAAGUUCAAGCCACACAAGACGUUAGAGAAGAGGCUCUUCCAGCUGCCAACCUUGACCACCGUCAAGAACUGCACCCUGGCCCAAAGGACCUAUUUCCACCGGCUGCUUCAGAGGGAAUACCCGCUGGACAACAUCACCACUGCCGAGUUGCUGGCCGUGCAGAUAAUGCAGGCGGAGAACGUGCUCAACAACCAGACGCUGUACUGGACCUGCAACGCCUUCGCGCCCAUCGACGAGGACCGCGUGAUACUCGAGAAGGCGAAGCUCAGGUCUCUCUCAAUCCGGCGGCUGGAAGAGAUCCUCUUGAAGCACUACCAGGCCUGCCCCUUGGUGGCUGCGGGAACCGUCCUUGCCAUGCAGGGACCCGCCAUUGAAGUCGACUACCGAGUGCAUGAGGCAGCGGUGGACACCUUGCGCAAGAGCGUCCGCGUACUGACACGCCUGCCGACGAAAACGAGGCGUGAAAUGCAGGAACUGCCCUCCAUUAUAAGGUCUGUUCUGAAAGGCGAGUCCCUUAUCCUGGCGCACAGAGGAAGCGUUGAGACCCGUGAGCAAGUGUGCAACCUGUCGAGCGAGGCGAUGGGGGUGAUGGACGACACGGUGAACCUGGUUGUGCAAACUCAUCAGGGCGCUGGCGGCGACAGGGCCGUCUACAUGGCCAACGGCAUCUCGCUGUGGUACUCGCGCGUCGACGUAGGCCAGAUGCGACGCAAGAGCAUGCUAUACGUCAAGCCGAGGAUUAUGCUUUCUUACGACAAGGCCAUCUACGCGUACUCGAAGUCCCUCUCCGUAGUCGUGACAGUGUACCAGAAAAACCCGUUCCACUGCGCCAUGACCAUUGGCCCGAUCACCACGGACCUCGUGAGGCCGUACAUCAGGGACGAGGCGACUGGCAUGCGCAUACGAGGCACCACCGACAAAAGGCGUACCAUGAAGGUGGCACUGCAACCUGACGUGUCGCACGGCGACGAUACCAUGGCGAAGCUCACGGCCAGCACCAUGAUGAUCGUCAAGUUCAAGCUACCCAAGAGCGACGGCGCCAUCGUUGUCAAGAUACACCCGGAGUUCAUCAAGUACUUCUUCAUGGCGUUCGUGCACACGGGUUCGGAGCCCAGCACCCGGGACCUGACCCAGAGCCAGAUGUACGUGCUGGACCCGCUCGCCAGCUUCGUGGUCGUCAUCCCCGAGGAGUACAAGGCGCGCGAGGGCGACGAGAUGUACGUGACGUUCGUGCCGCUGGUCGAGCGAUCGGUCAAGGCGCUCAACUUCAAGGAUGUCAAGUACCCGUUCUGGCACCGCAGCGACAUGAGCAUCUGGUACUCGGUGUCGGCCAUGCACUGGUACUGCGUCAACAAGAGUCCCGACGGCACCAAUAUCGGCCCGAACGAUGGCUGCGUGUUCUCGAACGUGAGCCGGCUGGGCGAGAUCAUCUGCGAGUGUCACCAGAACGCGACGGCCAUCGCGGGCACUUCGACCAAGGUGGCGUUCACGACGCACCUCAAGCCGCUGGAGAACGUGUCCUCCGAAACCGGCGGUCCGGGAGAGAAGGAAGAGCCCAACUUCUACUUCCUCCAGUACCUCAUCCCCAUCCUGCUGGCUGCUCUGUGGGUCAACUUUGUCGUGCUCUUCUACUGGACGAUGAAGAUAGCCGAGAUAGACGAGCAGACGGGGGCAACGGCCGUUGCACCAGAAAACAAGCCUGGCAACAAGGAAGUCUACGUCUUGAUAUUCCAGACGAGUUACGUGCAGUACGCCGAGACGACGGCCAAGAUCCAGGUGGAGCUCCACGGCACCGAAGGCACGUCGGGCAAGUUCACGUUGCGCGACCCUCGCUGUAACCCGUACUUCCUGCUGGCCGGAAGCACCAACGGCUUGUUGCUCACCACCGCCCAGACGCUGGGCAACAUCAUCGUGCUCAGCAUCUUUUCCGACAGCGAGGGAACCAGGCCAAGUUGGUCAGUAUACAAGGUCGACGUGUUUCACGAGGGCACGACGGAGAAGUUCCUCUUCGUGGUGGACAAGUGGCUCCGGUUCCAGGAUCAGGACCACGCCGACAUCUUGCCUUUUGUAGAGGGUCACGGAAAAAAGAUGUCCAUCAUGUUCCAGCUCACCUUUCCUAGGGUGUUUCGGCUGUGCCACCUGCUGGUGAGUGUGUUUGCGUGGCCCAGCGGCAGCCGCUACACGCGCCUCCAGCGGCUGGUCACCAUUCUGUUCCUGGGCGUGCUCACCAUGUUCAUGGCCAUGGUUCUGCGGGGCUUCCAUCCGACGCAAGGCGAAGAUGAACCCGGAUUCGCAAAGGAGGCCGAGCGCGGCUGCAUCAUCGCAGCUGUCGUCUUCCUUGCUGGGGUCAUCCUGCAGAUUCUGUUCACGUUCUCAAAGCAGUUGCCGCCGGAGAAGGUCCGGCUGGCCUCUCGUGACAGCCACGCCGAGGCGACCAAGACUGCUCGAGUGCUAACUACCGAUAGGUUCACCUACUACACACGCAACCCGGACAUCAAGAUAACCUACAAAAUGCCCGAGUACCGCGACGAGAGCACCGCCGCCGUCUCCAAGGACGCCAGGUCGUUGUCGCUAGCCGAUGAACGCGUCGAGGAGGGCGUCCUACCGACUCCCUUUCUCUACAUUGGGCUGCUGGUGGCCCUGGUGCUGUCUGUCGUGCUGUCGGGCUUCAUGGUGCCCAUCGGCCUCAAGUACACGUACAACGCGAACGUCUCCUGGUUCAAGUCGCUCAUCAUCGCCAUUCUACUCAACAACAUCGUCAUCGACGUCAUCAAGUCAGUCGGCGUGGCCGGCUACGUGGCCAGUAGGAAGAAGAAGUAGCCCCACGUCAUCGCUUCGUUCACAUCUGCUCGCAAUCAUUGCUCAUCAAUAUCUUGUCCCUUAAGUGCUUUACUUUGCCUCAUGUGCGUGCUCGUGCCAAUAAAUGAACCA